GCAGCUCCCACAGUCGAAAUGUGCGCCAGCUGCCCGCUCACCUGUGUCACGCCGCCGCGCACGCACCUCGCUAUGUGCUCGCGCGAGCUCCCGCCCGAGCCUCCAGCUCGGUUUCCCACUGCUGCGGAGCCGAUCGCUUUUCCUCGGCGCUCGCGUCGAGCCGAGCUCUCGGCACUCUACGGCGGGCGUCGCUGUGCGGGGCGCCCGUUUCCUGCUGGCCCGAGCGGAAAGCUCCACGUGCCCGCGCGAGCUCCGGGCCGAGCCUCCAGCUCGGCGUCCCACUGCUGAGGAGCCGAUCGUCGUCCGUCGGUGCUCUCGAGGAGCCGAGCUCCUUGGCCUGCGGCCGGCGACGCUGCAGGACGGUCGUCCUCCGAGAUAUCGGUGCCGGACCGGCGGGGCGGGGGCGGGGUGGCGUCGGAGCAAGUGUCUCGGCCUUCGGUCGACGGAGCGGCGACCCGCGAGUACGCUUCGUGGGCGCCCGACGAGGGUGGUGCUGCUGUCGCUCUGCCGCGUGCGCAGGCGUGCGCAGGCGUGCCGAGGUCUCGCGACGGCACUCAGCCCUUCGCUGGGCGUGUGGGACGCCGGGUACGACGAGCACGGCUUCUGGUCCGUCGAGGCUGCCCGCGCGGCGCGCGACGCGGCGGCGGCGCUUGCGCUGGACGCCGCCGACGGCGGCGCGGGGGCGGCGCGGGGGCGGCAGGCGCGGGGGCGGCAGCCGGCCCAGCGGGUCGCGGCCCUCCGCCCCCGCGGCGUCGUUGGAGGGCGAGCACCUCGAGUACCUACGGCGGCGGGGUGCGCCGUGGGGCGAGCCGCCCGUCGCGGGCGCCGCCGCGCCGCCGGAAGGGGCGAGGCGGCGAGCGAGGAUCGUCGACUUUUGGCCGGGGGGCGCUCUCGACACUUACCGGCUGAGGUCACGUCGUCGGGCGCGUCGACGGGCUGGUUGGCCAUGGUCCGCACGGCGGGGCGGCUGCGCCGCCAGGACUCGCGCGUCGCUGCACGCGGCCUGCAGAAGGAAUGACAGCUCGGCGGCAAGGCUUUUCUUGCGCCGGGACGGCUAGGCUUUUUGUGAGACGCCGCUCGCGGAAAUCGAGGAAGGCUUGGACUUUUCUUUUCUUGGGAAACGGGAGUGUUGGUUUAGAAGAGGCUGGCCAGCGACUGGACACACCGGCAUGCGAUGGGGGGACGCAAGCAAGGACGGGGAUUGGAGGUUGUAGAGAGAUAUUUAACUUUUAAGCACAGCUCGAGGCG